AUGAGGAAGCUAGAAAUAUCGAUUCCCAACAUUUCUACACCCAGUCAGAAUUACAACAUCACUGGUGCAAGGAUGGCUCAGGAAAUGGAUAAAAAAAACAUAAUGUCUAUUCCGGAAUACUUCGCCGGCCAAUCCGUCUUUGUGACCGGAGGGACAGGACUCAUGGGAAAAGUCUUGAUCGAAAAGAUCCUGAGGAGCUGUCCAGACGUGAGCAAGAUCUAUCUGCUAAUAAGGCCGAAGAGAGGUGUCCCCAUAGAAGAAAGGUGGUCUCAAAUAACUCAACUCCCGUUAUUUGAAAAACUGAGGACAGAAAGACCAGAAGCGCUAAAAAAAAUGUUCCUGAUUCCAGGUAAUAUAAACGAAGAAGAUCUGAAUAUCUCAGAAGAACACAAAAAGAUGUUACAAGAAAAUGUGACGAUAAUAUACCACGUAGCAGCUUUAAUACAGUUUACGGACAGUAUGUCGGAGGCACUAAUACAAAAUGCAAGGGGAACCUUAGGAAUGUUGGAACUGGGUAAAACUAUUAAAAACCUCAAGGUAUUUGUUCAUGUAUCUACUGCCUAUUGCAACUUCAAUAAGCCUUGUGAUGAUGUUACCGAAGAAGUUCAUCCGUGCUGCCAAGACUGGAAAGUAAUGAUGAAAGUUUUGAAAACUGAACCCAACACAUUAAAUCCCCUCAGAGAAAAAUUACUCUGCGGACAUCCCAACCCUUACACCUGGUCAAAGUCAAUAGGUGAGCAAAUGGUUAACGAAUACCGCCAGUUCUUUCCAGUUAUCAUCAUGAGGCCGGGAGUGGUGAGCGCAACUGAUAAUGACCCAAUUCCAUCCUGGAACGAUGCAACAAACGCUUGCUUCUCGAUGAGCUAUCUUAUGGGGUUGGGUAUACUCCGAGUCUUCAAAGCGACCAAAGAUGACUACCAAGAUCUGAUUCCGGUCGAUACGGCAAUAAAGGCCUUCCUCAUUGCACCAUGGAAACUCCAUCUGACAGGACCUCAAACAAGAACAGAUGUAUACACCUGCACUACUGCCAGUGAAGAAAUAAUAACGUACGAAGAAAUGGAAAGCAUGAUUCCGCGUUUCAUAAAAAAUUACCCAUCGAAGAACAUCUUAUGGCCGCCUUCCUGCUAUCACGUUACGGACCCUUUCUUACACUUCAUUGCAUUCUUUUUCCUUCAACUGGUACCAGGAGCGAUAUUGGAUUUACUACUAUUCUUGGGCGGGAAAAAACCCAAGUUUACAGCGAUAAACAAAAUUAUUAUUAACGCAUAUAGAGUAGGGAAUGGUAUUAUUGACAAUAAGGUUAAAUUUCCCAACAAACGUUUCAAAGAGUUGACGAAAUAUCUGAAGGAAGAAGAUAUAAAAGACUUCGGUUUCACAAUAAAAUAUUCAGGCGAAGAGAAGAUAAAUUAUUUGAUGAAACAAGUUGUAGCCUUUUUCAAAUACUAUAUAAAGGAAGAUAUGUCUGAGGAGAAUAUUAAAAAAAAUAAGGAGCGAUAUGAAAGAAUAAAAAUGGUACACAGUAUUGUGAUGAAUAUUGUAGGAUUCAUUUUUACCUGGUACCUAAUGUUCGGUAUCUUAAGGGUCGUUCUGAUCAUUUCUAAUUCACUUGUCUACAUAUUCCAAACAAUGAAGAUUUUAUAA